CGGCAACGAAGGCCUCGGUCACCGACGAGAAUAUAUCAGCAUGAAGGCCGAUUUUCAGUUGUCCGAUGUCAUUGGUACCGUUUACCGUCAAGGAAACCUCGUUUUCAGCCCAGACGGCACCUGUCUCCUCUCCCCAGUCGGCAACAGAGUAACCCACUUCGACCUCGUCAACAACAAGUCAUUCACCUUUCCCUUCGAGAACAGACGCAACAUCGCCCGUCUCGCACUCAACCCGCAAUGCACCCUUCUCCUCUCAAUAGACGAGGGGGGUAGGGCGCUGUUGGUGAACGUCAAUCGAAGAACUGUGUUGCAUAACUUUAAUUUUGGGGAAAAGGUACGGGAUUGUCAGUUUAGUCCUGAUGGGAGGUAUUUCGCAGUUACGCAUGGGAGACAUGUGCAGGUAUGGCGGACACCCACGUUCACCGACGAACGCGAUUUCGCGCCGUUCGUGAAGCACCGUGUCUAUACUGGUCACUACGACGAAGUCACAUCCCUCACCUGGUCGUUUGAUUCGAGGUUCUUCCUCACUACUUCGAAGGAUUUGUCGGCACGGAUAUACUCUCUUAACCCUACCGAGGGUUUCGUACCAACUCAGCUCGCCGGCCACCGUGAUGCUGUAGUCGGCGCAUUCUUUUCCGCUGAUCAAGAGACGAUCUAUACCGUCGCCCGCGAUGGGGCAUUAUUCACCUGGCGUUACGCCCCUCGCCGACCCAAGGGAGCACCGGAACCCGAGUCCGACGAAGAGAUGGACGAGGAUGACGACGUGGAGAUGCGAUGGCAAAUCGUGUCGAGGAAUUACUUUAUGCAGCAGGGUGCGAAGGUCCGGACGUGUGCGUUCCACGCCGCGACGAAUUUGUUGGUGGUGGGUUUCUCAACCGGUUUGUUCGGGUUAUACGAAUUACCCGAAUUCAACCAAAUCCACACCCUCUCCAUCUCGAAUAACGAUAUCGACUCUGUCACCAUCAACAAAUCGGGUGAAUGGCUCGCUUUCGGAGCGUCGAAACUCGGGCAACUCUUGGUUUGGGAAUGGCAGUCAGAGUCCUAUGUCCUGAAGCAACAAGGUCAUUUCGACGUGAUGAACACCCUCGCAUACUCACCCGACGGCCAACGUCUCGUCACUGCCUCCGAUGAUGGAAAGAUCAAGGUAUGGGAUGCACGAUCGGGUUUCUGUAUCGUUACGUUUACGGAACACACCUCCGCCGUAACCUCCAUUGAAUUCGCAAAACGCGGAAACGUACUCUUCUCUUCCUCCCUGGACGGGACAGUGCGCGCGUGGGAUCUAAUCCGCUACCGAAACUUCCGAACCUUUACCGCCCCCUCCCGUCUCCAAUUCUCCUGUCUCGCCGUUGAUCCCUCUGGUGAAGUCGUCUGCGCCGGGUCCCUAGAUUCCUUCGAUAUCCACAUCUGGUCCGUACAAACCGGUGCCCUCCUCGACCGACUCUCCGGACACGAAGGCCCGGUGUCGUCGUUGUCGUUCGCUGGGUCGAGUGGUGCGUUGGCGAGCGGGAGUUGGGAUAAGACCGUUAGGGUCUGGGAUGUUUUUGGGAGGAGUCAGAGUGUUGAUCCGUUGCAGCAGCAGAGUGAUGUACAGGGUAUCGCAUUUAAACCUGAUGGGAAGUUCGUGGCAAUCGCUACGUUGGACGGACAACUCGCUUUCUGGGACGUCGCGGACGCAAAACAAGUCGGCGUUAUUGAUGGCCGACGUGAUAUCUCUGGUGGAAGAAAUAUCGACUCCAGAGUAACCGCACAGAACGCCGCUGGCUCCAAAUAUUUUAAUUCGUUGUGUUAUACGGCGGAUGGGAGCUGUGUCCUCGCGGGUGGUAACUCAAAGUAUAUUUGUUUGUAUGAUGUUGCGACUGGAGGGCUCGUGAGGAAGUUUACUGUGAGUCAGAAUUUGAGUUUGGAUGGGACGCAGGAGUUCCUUAACUCGAAAAACCUCACGGAGGCGGGACCGGUGGAGAUGAUCGAUACUACGGGUGAGGCUGAAGAUCUCCAGGAUCGGAUUGAUAGAACGUUACCGGGAGCGAGUCGGGGAGAUAUGUCCGCUCGCCGCGUUCGUCCCGAAGUCAGGACCCGCGCGGUCAAGUUCUCCCCCACAGGCCGCUCUUUCGCCGCGGCGUCGACAGAGGGACUCCUCGUCUACUCCCUUGACGACAACCUCCUCUUCGACCCCUUCGACCUCGAUAUCGAUGUAACCCCCUCCACAACCCUCCAAACCCUCCGUCAAAAACAAUACUUGAAGGCCUUAGUGAUGGCAUUCCGACUAAACGAACGCUACCUAAUCCACCAAGUCUACGAAACCAUCCCCCCCGCCGACAUCCCCCUCGUCGCACACGACCUCCCCCUCCCCUACCUCUCCCGUCUCCUCAAAUUCAUUGCGGGGCAUGCGGAUGAGUCACCCCAUGUCGAGUUUCAUUUGAUUUGGAUUGAGGCGUUGUGUACGUAUCAUGGACGGUAUAUUCGGGAGAGAGGGGGUGAGUUUGGGAGUGAAAUGAGGGGGUUGCAGAGGUGUGUCGGUAGGAUUGAGACGGAGCUGGCGGGGUUGGGGGAUGAGAAUGUGUUUAUGUUGAGGUAUAUUUUGGAGGGGGGGAAGAAGGGGAGGGCUGUGCCGGUGAAGGCGAUGGAGGUUGAGGGGGGUGAGGAGGGGGAUGCGGAGGAGGUUGAGGAGAUGGAGGUUGAGGGGGAGGGCGAUGACGAGGAUGGUGAGUGGCAGGGAUAGACAAGGGGAGAGUGGAUAGAGCAUUACAUUUCGCAUCUUAUUGGACUUAUGGGUUAAUUGGUUGAUGAUAACCCCAAUUGGAACAUCACUGCAUUUCAU